AUGCCACUGAAUCCACCGCACGCACUCACCUUACUACAACUAUCGACCUACGAUGGAUCAGAUCCACUGCUGCCAAUCUACGUAGCUAUAAAGGGUGUCAUCUUUGAUGUGUCUUCCAAUCCUAGUGCUUAUGGCAAGAAUUCCAGCUACAAUUGCUUUGCAGGCAGAGAUGCAUCCAAGGCACUUGGCCUCUCUUCCUUAAAUGUAGAUGAUUGCGUUGCAGAUUACAGCACACUGAAUAAUGCAGACAUGGUUACACUUGAACAAUGGCUUUCCUACUUUACAAAAAAGUAUCCAGUAGUGGGCCACAUUAUACCUGAUAUGUAA